UUUCUCUCCCUGGGGAGCCCCCUCCACUUUCCAUAAACUGGGCUGUGUGGCUGUGCCCGUCUCUCCCACCCUCAGGGUUCUACGGUCUGGAUGAGUCUGACCUAGACAAAGUCUUCCACCUGCCCACUACCACAUUCAUCGGGGGCCAGGAGUCCGCAUUGCCGCUGCGGGAGAUAAUCCGGCGGCUGGAGAUGGCCUACUGCCAGCACAUUGGGGUGGAGUUCAUGUUCAUCAACGACUUGGAGCAGUGCCAGUGGAUCCGGCAGAAGUUCGAGACGCCUGGGAUCAUGCAGUUCUCCAGCGAUGAGAAGCGGACCCUGCUCGCCAGGCUUGUGCGGUCCACCAGGUUUGAGGACUUCCUGCAGCGGAAGUGGUCUUCAGAGAAGCGCUUUGGCCUGGAAGGCUGCGAGGUGCUGAUCCCUGCCCUCAAGACCAUCAUCGACAAGUCCAGCGAGCACGGCGUGGACUAUGUCAUCAUGGGCAUGCCACACAGGGGGCGGCUGAAUGUGCUUGCGAAUGUCAUCAGGAAGGAGCUAGAGCAGAUCUUCUGUCAGUUUGACUCAAAGCUUGAGGCAGCUGAUGAGGGCUCCGGGGACGUGAAGUACCACCUGGGCAUGUAUCACCGGCGGAUCAACCGUGUGACUGACAGAAACAUCACACUGUCAUUGGUGGCAAACCCUUCCCACCUCGAGGCUGCUGACCCCGUGGUGAUGGGCAAGACCAAAGCAGAGCAGUUCUACUGCGGGGACACCGAGGGCAAGAAGGUCAUGUCCAUCCUCCUGCAUGGGGAUGCUGCAUUCGCCGGCCAGGGCAUUGUGUAUGAGACAUUCCACCUGAGCGACCUGCCAUCCUACACGACUCAUGGCACUGUCCAUGUGGUCGUCAACAACCAGAUAGGCUUCACCACCGACCCACGCAUGGCCCGCUCUUCACCCUACCCCACCGACGUGGCCCGUGUCGUGAAUGCCCCCAUUUUCCACGUGAACUCGGAUGACCCGGAGGCUGUCAUGUAUGUGUGCAAGGUGGCAGCCGAGUGGAGGAGCACCUUCCACAAGGACGUGGUGGUAGACCUGGUAUGCUACCGGCGAAAUGGCCACAACGAGAUGGACGAGCCCAUGUUCACACAGCCACUCAUGUACAAGCAGAUCCGGAAACAGAAGCCAGUGCUGCAGAAGUAUGCAGAGCUGCUGGUAUCCCAAGGUGUGGUCAACCAGCCCGAGUACGAGGAGGAGAUCUCCAAGUAUGACAAGAUCUGUGAGGAGGCCUUUGCCAGGUCCAAGGAUGAGAAGAUCUUGCACAUCAAGCACUGGUUGGACUCCCCCUGGCCUGGCUUCUUCACCCUGGACGGGCAGCCCAGGAGCAUGACCUGCCCCUCCACUGGCCUGACAGAGGACAUUCUGACACACAUUGGGAAUGUGGCCAGCUCCGUGCCCGUGGAGAACUUCACCAUUCAUGGAGGGCUGAGCCGGAUCUUGAAAACUCGCGGGGAGCUGGUGAAGAGCAGGACCGUGGACUGGGCCCUGGCGGAGUACAUGGCCUUCGGCUCCCUCCUGAAGGAGGGCAUCCAUAUCCGGCUGAGUGGCCAGGAUGUGGAGCGGGGCACCUUCAGCCACCGCCACCACGUGCUACACGAUCAGAAUGUGGAUAAGAAAACCUGCAUUCCCAUGAACCACCUCUGGCCCAGCCAGGCCCCCUACACUGUGUGCAACAGCUCGCUGUCUGAGUACGGGGUCCUGGGCUUUGAGCUGGGCUUCGCCAUGGCCAGUCCUAAUGCCCUGGUCUUGUGGGAAGCUCAGUUUGGUGACUUCCACAACACGGCCCAGUGCAUCAUUGACCAGUUCAUCUGCCCAGGACAAGCCAAGUGGGUGCGGCAGAAUGGCAUCGUACUGCUGUUGCCCCAUGGCAUGGAGGGCAUGGGCCCAGAGCACUCCUCUGCCAGGCCAGAGCGGUUCCUGCAAAUGUGCAACGAUGAUCCAGAUGUCCUGCCGAACCUGGAGGAGGCCAACUUUGACAUUAACCAGCUGUACGACUGCAACUGGAUUGUAGUCAACUGCUCCACCCCUGGCAACUUCUUCCACGUGUUGCGCCGCCAGAUUCUCCUGCCUUUCCGGAAGCCGCUCAUCGUCUUCACCCCGAAGUCACUGCUGCGACAUCCCGAGGCCAGGACUAGCUUCGAUGAGAUGCUUCCAGGAACACACUUCCAGCGGGUGAUCCCGGAAGAUGGCCUUGCAGCACAGUACCCAGAAAAUGUCAAGAGACUUCUCUUCUGCACCGGCAAGGUGUACUAUGAUCUCACCAGAGAGCGCAAGGCACGCGGCGUGGCAGAGCAGGUGGCCAUCACGAGGAUCGAGCAGCUGUCACCGUUCCCAUUCGACCUCCUGCUGCAGGAGGUCCACAAGUACCCCAACGCCGAGCUGGCCUGGUGCCAGGAGGAGCACAAGAACCAAGGCUACUACGACUAUGUGAAGCCCAGGCUGCGGACCACCAUAAACCGUGCCAAGCCUGUGUGGUAUGCCGGCCGGGACCCAGCAGCGGCUCCAGCCACCGGCAACAAGAAGACUCACCUCACAGAGUUGCAGCGCCUACUGGACACAGCAUUUGAUCUGGAUGCCUUCAAGAAGUUCUUAUAGGCUCUGUGGGCCACUGCCCCCACUCUAUCCCUGCCUGUCCCUUCUCAACUACAGCAUAGAGCCUCAGCGUGCCCACCUCUGCCGCUGUACCGAACACCCCCACUCACCUAGGAGUCAGGCUGCCCCCAAAGCCAGAUGCACCCCAGGCCCUGUGACCUCUGUCCAACUGAGCAGCCUACCUGGAGACAGUGGGAAGCCCCUGCAACUAUCUUGGCAGUGCCCCGCCCCCAGCUUCACCCCACAGGGCCAGCCUCAUGGCUUCCCAAGUACUAGCAGUCCUUGUCACCCAGCAGGGGGACUCCUGCACUUGGACCAGGGUAACUUCCUCUUCCCGCUGAGUCCCAGGCCUUAGAGAAGCCAUGGCUGCUGCAGGCUGCAUGGAGGCUGGUGCUCUGUCAGGGCCCUGGCUGCACAGUGAACAGAAGGGCUGCUUGGGCAGCUGGAAGGAGGUACCCUUGGCCUGACAUGGCACAGAGAGGGCAGGUCCACUCUGCAGUGCCCACAUGGACCCCUGAGGAGGGUCCUGGGCAGCACAGGGUUCACGCUUAGGACGCUGGCUGCUGUGGGUCCUGCUGCCUUGCCGGCCCCUGCCUUGUGUCCCUUCACAGUGGAGACUGAAGCAUUCUCUCUGCCAUGCCAAAGUAAUCAGAAGGGGAGGGUGGAUGGGCAGGCAGCGUGAGGCUGAGGGCCAGCUCCCCUCACCCAUCACAGGGACAGUUCUGAUUUAUUUAUUUUGGUUAAAAAAAAGAACAAAAAAACUUCGCAUUGCAUUUGGCUUGACACAUAAACUAAGUUCCCUAUG